UUUCAUGUAUUCCGUGUUGUUUCAUCUUUUCAUUGUUUUUAAUAUAAAUCAAAUAUAUUGCAAUCCGUUUGACAUGUUUGAGGAGAUGGGGCGUUUAACACAAACUUGCUUAGAUCUGACGUGCACAAAUUUAAGCGAUUUGAAAGUUGCAAAUGAACUGGAAAGCGAUCUCAGAAAAGAUGUGAAUUGUUUGCGAAUGUGUUUGUUUUUACAUGCCAAAGAGUCAUCAAACCCGGAUCUGAAGGGAAAUUUCGUGAACUACAAACGUAACGAAAAGGCAAUACAAAGAAACGAAUGCAUAGGAUUUUGAAUUCCAAAAAUUACUAAAAGAAGAUAGUUCUUUCUGUACAAGACACUAAUUUAAGUAUCUCAUACCCGAACUAAA